GUCAUACAAUAUAAUAUAGGGCUUAUUGGUGAGAUAGCCAAUUUUGGAGACAUAAUUAAAAAUCUAGCAAUGAUUUUGACAUUAUUAAGAAUCUAACAUUUGUGACACAACUGAUCCGGUUAUACCCUCUUCAUCAACAAUUAUCCGGUGAAUAUAUUAUAUAUUGAUAACGUAAUUGAGAAAAAAUAUGGACACGGAGGAACCAAAAAAUUUUAAUGUGAAGGAAGAAGUACCAUCCACGUGACAAGUUUAUUGACCACAUAUAUACACACCGAAUUUUCUAUUCUAUAUUGUCGAAGUAGUAUAUAACGCAAACUACACCUAUAAUCCAUAUAUACUAAACAAUAAUUCAACCUCAACCCCAACUUAUAAAUAAUAUACCCUAAACCCUAUGGAAACAUAAACCCUAAUCCAGCCUUAACCCUAAUCUUGCAUAAACUAAAUCUAAAUUUCUAAAUUCAAGUAAAAUGCAUUACUAUUCUACAUGAGACAUAUAGAAUAGAAAAAGUGAAAAUGUAGUUCCAAUCUAAAUAUCAUUUUGAUAUAUUUCUUAAAUGUUGACAUGAUUAUGCUUUCAUGGAAGGUGGUAAUGCUUGUCAUAUUGUCAACCCCAAUCGUAUAAAUACUAAACCCUAAAUUCUAAUCACUAAACCCUAAUCUAAAUGUAAACCUUAAACCUAAAUAUAAACCAUUAACCCAAAUAUAAACUCUAAAUCCAAAUGGAAUGGAACAUAAUAAAUAACAUAGUACCAAUAGUGAAAUUAUGAAAUGUGUAUGAUUGCAUUAAAGAAGUUAAAACUGAUUUCAACCAUACUCCCUCACCUUAUAAAUACUAAACCCUAAAUUCUAAUCACUAAAUCCUAAUCUAAAUGUAAACCAUAAUCCAAAUGUAAACCCUAAACCCAAAUAUCAAAAUAUAUUUCUAAACAAAAUAGAACAAUUUUAGUAACCGUCAAAUGAAAUAGAAUUUAUCACAUAAAAAUAUAUAUAUUGUUUUAUAUUUAUAUUCUAUAUGAAUAUAAUAGAAUAGAACAUAAUAAAAAAACUGUUCAUCUUCUCCAACACGAGACAUAGAUUUACUUCAAACCAAAUACGUACAUAUUCUAGCAUCUUCACGACUGUCGCUUUGGAAUCGGAGAAGCCUCCCCAUUUCGUCUUCGACAAAGCUUCCUAACCAAUCUUCUCUUCCACAAAACUUCUCUGAGAACUAGUGGUAGUGUCUUCUUCGCCUUUCGAAGUUGGAUAGUCUACAAUUUAAUUUUGGUGAGUUAAGAAUUUUUUUUAUUUUUUUUAGUUAGCAGGUUAAACCGGUAGAUGCAAAGGGUAUUACAGUAUUAAUAUAGAUUUAUAACAGUGUGUAUAGGUUUGGUAAGGAAAAUGGCUAGUUGGUGAAUUAUGAUUUUUUUCAUGGUUAUACUCCCUAAUUUCCCUAUAAUAUAUAUACUUACUGAAUUAGGUAGGACGGAAAGUCAACUUUAAUAAACUAGUUUACUUGGUAUUUAUCAAAACACCUUACAACAUUAUUGAAUAAUUGUAGGUAGAGAGUGUGAAAUGAUUUUUCUUAAUCAAAAUUAUUGAAUAGUCAGGUAACAUGAUAUUCAGAAUAGAUAUAUUUUACAUCAUUACAUGGCAUAAUAAAGUAGAAAAUAUUUGUAUUCCUAACAAUUGUGAAUCUGAUCAUGUAAUAUUUUUUUUGGCAUAUAUAUUCUCACCAAAAGGGUUUCCUGGUAUAUGAUUCAAAAAGUUGUGCGGGCCUGCCUUGAGAAAAUGAAAGCAAGACAAAAUUAAAUAAAAACAUAUCCAUCCAGUGUCAAAUAAAUUAUGAUUGUUUGACAAUAAACAUGAAAAUAAAAUUUUAAUUUAAUUUAUAGUCUCAUCUAUAAUUUCUUCAUUGUUUGUGUUUUAUCAAAGUUGGAUAUAUCACAAUCAAAAUCUAAAACUGAAGUAUAGGCCAACAAUUGAAAAGAAAAGAAAAAGUACAUAUACCAAACACAGAAAAUAAAACAAAAAGAGAGAGAGAAAGAAAGAGAGUUUAACUGCCCUUGUCUCUCUCUGCCACAAGACUUGAGUUUUGUCAGCGUUUUCAUAAACUUAUAAAGUUUCAUCGUUCAAUAUUUGUCUUCAUCUCUCUCUUCUCCUCUUCUUUCUCUCUUUGGUCACUCUCUGUUAAUAUCCGAAACAAAGAAGAAGAAAAAAACAUCUUUAUUUCAAACCGUGUUCUGUUCGCGUAAUCAUCAUAGUUGUUAAAAAGAUUCCUCUUUGGUAUAUAUAUUUUUUUCGUAUUAUCAUAUGAUUGACUGAUUCUGUUUUCUUAUUUAAUUAACUCUGUAAUAAACUCAAAGUCGCUUCUUAUACUCAGAAGAAAAAAAACAGAACAAGAGGUUUCAACUUUGGUCUCAUCUCAAUUCCUCCGCAUGAUUAUAGAUUCAUAGUGCUCCGACCGGUUUGAUCUGAAGAAUCAGGGCUUGAAUCAAUUUAGGACAAGCUCUGUUGUUGUUUUCCAUAUCACAAAAAAAAAUGGCGGAAAGGGUAGAAACAUCUGUUCCAGAAGGUGAAAACACGAUAGAAGAAAGACAUGUAGGAGCUAUGUGGGAGCUAGAGCAGAAGCUUGAUCAACCCAUGGAUGAAGAAGCUACUAAGCUCAACACCACGCCCAGAGAUAAGUUGUCGAUGUUGAUGCUACUGAGACUAUCAUUCCAAAGUCUAGGCAUAGUUUACGGAGAUUUAGGGACUUCUCCACUGUAUGUGUUCUACAAUACAUUCCCUGAUGGGAUUGAAGAUAGUGAAGAUGUAAUCGGAGCUCUUUCUCUGAUCAUUUACUCUCUUUUGCUUGUUCCUCUCAUCAAGUAUGUCUUCAUUGUCUGCAAAGCUAAUGACAAUGGUCAAGGUGGGACUUUAGCUAUAUACUCGUUGCUUUGUAGACAUGCUAAAGUGAGUCUAAUCCCGAAUCAUCAACGCAGCGAUGAGAAUCUCACUACUUAUAGUCGAACUCUAUCCACUGAAGGGUCUUUCUCUGCUAAAACAAAGAAGUGGUUAGAGGGUAAACAUUGGAGGAAGAGAGCUCUUCUUGUCAUUGUUCUUCUCGGGACUUGUAUGACCAUUGGUGAUGGUAUCUUAACCCCUGCCAUCUCCGUUCUUUCAGCUACUGGUGGGAUCAAAGUCAACAAUCCAAAGAUGAGCAGCGACAUCGUUGUCCUUGUGGCUAUCAUCAUCUUAAUAGGACUAUUCAGUAUGCAACACUACGGUACAGACAAAGUAGGCUGGCUCUUUGCACCUAUCGUCUUCAUUUGGUUCCUCUUCAUCGGAGCCACUGGUAUAUACAACAUAUGCAAACACGACACAAGCGUUUUAAAAGCGUUCUCACCAACAUACAUCUACUUGUACUUCAAAAGACGAGGACGUGAUGGUUGGAUCUCUCUCGGUGGCAUUCUUCUCAGCAUUACAGGCACAGAGGCACUAUACGCAGACAUUGCUUACUUCCCGUUACUAGCUAUACAGCUGGCCUUUACAUUUUUCGUCUUCCCUUGUCUUCUUCUAGCAUACUGUGGACAAGCUGCGUAUCUUGUCAACAACAAAGACCAUUACCAAGAUGCUUUCUAUGCAUCUAUCCCUGAUAGUGUGUAUUGGCCUAUGUUUAUAGCGGCGACAGGAGCUGCAAUCGUCGGGAGCCAAGCUACAAUCUCAGGGACUUAUUCUAUAGUCAAACAGGCUGUGUCUCAUGGUUGUUUUCCUCGUGUUCAGAUUGUUCACACUUCUAAAAAGUUCCUUGGUCAGAUCUAUUGCCCCGAUAUUAACUGGAUACUGAUGAUUGGCUGCAUCGCCGUCACCGCUAGUUUCAAGAAUCAGAGCCAAAUUGGAAAUGCAUACGGGACUGCUGUUGUGCUUGUGAUGCUUAUGACCACGUUGCUGAUGGUGCUGAUCAUGCUGCUUGUGUGGAGGUGCCACUGGAGCCUUGUCCUUAUAUUCGCCGUCCUCUCACUGGUAGUGGAGCUUUCUUACUUCUCGGCAGUGAUCUUUAAGUUUAUUGAAGGAGGGUGGGUUCCACUCAUCAUAGCAGCCAUCUCUCUUCUUGUAAUGUCGGUUUGGCAUUACGCAACGGUCAAGAAGUAUGAGUUUGAAGUGCACAGUAAAGUUUCAAUGAGUUGGAUACUUGGUCUUGGUCCUAGCCUCGGUCUUGUCCGUGUCCCAGGGAUAGGGUUGGUCUACACGGAGUUAGCUAGAGGUGUCCCUCAUAUCUUCUCUCAUUUCAUCACUAACUUGCCAGCGAUUCACUCGGUUGUUGUCUUUGUCUGCGUCAAGUACCUUCCUGUUUACACCGUCCCUGAAGAAGAGAGGUUUCUUGUCAAGAGAAUCGGACCAAAGACAUUCAGAAUGUUCCGUUGCGUAGCUAGGUAUGGUUACAAAGAUCUGCAUAGGAAAGACGAUGAUUUUGAAACCAAACUAUUUAAUAAACUCUUAUCAUUCGUCCAUAUCGAAACAAUGAUGGAGCCAGGUGCAAACUCAAGCACGUACAGCAGCGCAUACUCAGUCAACCAAACACCAGAUGCAUUAGUCCAUAACAACAACAACAACAACCACAACAGCAACAACAACAAUGAGAACAAUGAAAACAACAACAUGGAUAUGUUCUCAUCGAUGGUGGACUACACGGUAUCGACUUUAGACACCAUAGUUCCCGUUGAUUCUCCGCAUAGCAGGAUGAGUUUCAGGCAUAGCAACACUAUAGAAGAAGAAGAGGAGGAUGAGUUGGAGUUUUUGAAGACAUGUAAAGAGUCAGGGGUUGUUCAUAUAAUGGGAAACACUGUGGUGAAAGCAAGAAGCGGAGCAGGGCUUCCCAAAAAGAUUGCGAUUGAUUAUGUUUAUGCUUUUCUUGCUAAGGUUUGUAGAGAGAAUAGUGUUAUCUUACAUGUUCCUCAUGAAACCCUUUUGAACGUUGGACAAGUCUUUUAUGUUUAGUUUUGUUCUCUUAUUUUUUUGUAAGACAGUUACAGAUAAAAUGGAAUCAAAGGAUACCAAUUUCAAGGUUAUAGUUAUACAACAGAAUCUGUUAUUA